AUGUCUCUAGGUGUUGGUGUCAUUGAGACAGGGCCUGCACUACAGAUGCUAUUGUUGGGAGAAGUAGCUGAGGCAGACGAACUGCUCUACCCGUAUGGACCCAAACACCAGGACAGAACCACCCCAAAGGCAGAUGACGGGGCAUCUCCUCAGAUCCCCAUCUCUGAGAGCUUCUACUUUUACGCCAGGAGGUAUCAGUCUCUUUAUGUGAACAAUAAUGGAGUGGUGUCAUUUGGUAAGCCGGUCAGCCAGUUCACUCCUGAUCCUUUCCCCUUGACGGAUGGACGGGCCUUUGUCGCUCCCUUUUGGGCUGAUGUCGAUAACCGCAUCACCGGCGAGGUCUACUACAGGCAGAGUCAAGAAAAGCAUCUCCUGCAGAGAGUCACAGGUGACAUCAACACUUACUUCCCGAGUGAAAAGUUCACGGCUACCUGGGCCUUCAUAGCCACUUGGGACCAAGUGGCUUUCUAUGGAUCCCUGUCCUCCAAGGUGAACACAUUCCAGGCUGUUUUAACCUCCAAUGGUAAACUGUCUUUCGUUAUACUGAACUAUCAGGACAUCCAGUGGAUCUCAGGGCAGGCAAGUGGUGGAGAUGCUCACACCGGCUUGGAGGGCACACCUGCUCAGGCUGGAUUUAACAAUGGGGAUGCAAACAACUACUUCAACAUCCCUGGAUCUUGGACUCCAAACAUCAUUAACGUCAGCUCCACGAGUAACAUCAUGGACCCUGGGCGCUGGAUCUUUGAGGUGGAUGUCUUUGCAGUGCCAAAUGGCUGUGUUUACAAAGCUAAUUUCCUGCCAGUCAGUGCCACCUUCUGGACUGAAUCAGCUUGCGAGGAGAAGUGCCAGUGCACGUCUGAAGAUCCCAGGGUGACGUGCCAGGCCAGUGGGUGCUCUGCAGAUGAGAUUUGCCAGCCGAAUUCCUGGUACCAUGUGUGCCGGCCCACCCAUAAGGCCACCUGCCACGCCUUAGGUGGGCGACACUACACCACCUUUGAUGGCCGACUAUAUCAGUUCCAAGGCAACUGUGUUUAUGUGCUGUCUCAGAUGUGUGCACCCUCAGACAACCGCAGCCUGGAGUAUUAUCGGGUGGAAGCAGGGAUUUCAGGGAAAACCCCAGAAGUGUCACAGAUAGAGCACUUGCGCAUGAUGGUCUAUGGACAGGACAUUGCUGUAAUAGCCAAUUCUGCUGGGCAUGUCAUGAUCAAUGGAAUCAAGAGCCUUCUUCCUGUGACCCUCCUUGGUGGCAAGGUCCGAGUGCAUCAGAGUGGAUUCUCAACUACGAUAGCCACUGAUCUAGGGGUGGAAAUUUCCUACAAGGGGAGUCAACAUGUGGAGGUUGCUGUUCCUGCCAGCUACCAUAAUGCCACCUGUGGCCUCUGUGGAACCCUGAAUGAAAACCCCACUGAUGAUUUCUCGACUCCAAACCGAUCCCUCGCGGCAUCAGCAGCUCUGUUUGCUAAAAGCUGGCAGGUGCACUAUGCGGAGGACCAGUGUGGGGACACCCAAGAGUUGCCAAGCUGCCCUUCAACUGAACUGGCUCUUUUUUCCAGCCCAGAGUACUGCGGCAUCCUGAAGGAAUCUCCGGGUCCUUUUGCAAACUGUGCAAAGGCUCUGCCUCUCUCCAGCUUUAUGGAAAGCUGCACGUAUGAUCUUUGCACAUCUGCGGGCAAUCGGACGGCUUGUUGCGAGGACGGCCUGGUGGGGUAG